AUGGAACUCGGCCCUCAGCCCGCCCAGGUACCAGCCCGAAAUUACUUGCACUCAAGCAUCAACACACACAACUUGCUUGCCCUGGUUUCGUCCAUCAAAAUACAACGCAUCAAAAGGAACAGGCAUCAACGUCACUUUGCCAGCGUGGCUUUCCACCUCCAACUCGCACAUCACCAGCCUCCAUCCGUCCAUCCGUCCAUCCAGCAUCUCUACACUGCUUCUUUCCGUCUGCAUCUGUCCAAUGAUGCCAUCGACUUGUCCAUCGCCCAAGCUCCGGCAAAGACAGCACUGGAGCUGUCUCAGCCCAUCAUUCCCCAGCCCACUCACACUGUUUGGCUCGCAGAGUCACUCUGGCGGCGUCAGCGUGAGGGAUGCGCUGCUCACAUGCCACCUCGCAAGGAAGGGCCUUGCUCUGGUCUUGUUGAGCAGCAGCUACAACUCGCUAUACACACGUUGGCGUCUCCCCAACAGAUGUGCAGAGCGUCGCUGCGGAGAUGGCUCCUCCUGGCUGCUGCAGCGUCGCGAGAUCGCCUGGGCUUUGACAUCACCAUCGCGUCUCUCGUUGUUCAUCUCGCCGUGUCUCUGUCUGCUUCUGUCUCUGCUGCUGCAGCUCCCCAACCCAACAUGUCAAACCUCGACAGGGGGCCGGGAAAGCAGCAUAUGGAUGACCCAGGCAUCUACGGGGCCAACAGGCUACACGAUGCCCCCAAUAAGCUUGCGGGUUUCUCUCUGCCCUCCGAGGCUCGUCAAACUGGCAUUCACGCGCCUCACCCGCUGUCCAGGCGUCCAGGCCGUCCAGUACUCGGCCGCGCCGAGCGACAGACCGUCUUUUUCACCUGA